AUGGAUCUUAACUCUUCCUUUCCUGGUGCUUCGUCUAACGGCAUCUCUUCUGCCAGUCCAAUGGCUUUUCAAAACGGAACCCCCCCUGCCACCGACAUGUCGGCUGUCCCUCCUCCUGCUGGUCCUACCCAGGAUCAGGCCAAGACCACCCUGUGGAUGGGAGAGCUCGAGCCUUGGAUGGACGAGAACUUCAUCAAGGGUGUUUUCCUUUCCGCCGCUGGCGAAACCGUCAAUGUCAAGGUGAUCCGCGACAAGAACUCGGGCAACGCCGGAUACUGCUUCGUCGAGUUCGCGACUCCCGAUGCUGCCACCAAGGCGCUUGGCCUCAACGGAACUCCCGUGCCUAACAGCUCGCGCCAAUUCAAGUUGAACUGGGCGUCUGGAGGCGGUCUGGUUGAUCGCCGAGACGAUCGCGGCCCCGAGUACAGCAUCUUUGUCGGCGACCUUGGCCCCGAGGUCAACGAGUAUGUCCUGGUCUCUCUCUUCCAGGCUCGCUUCCCUUCGUGCAAGUCGGCCAAGAUCAUGACGGAUGCCAUGUCUGGCCAGAGCCGCGGCUACGGCUUCGUGCGCUUUUCCGAUGAAAACGACCAGCAGCGUGCCCUUGUUGAGAUGCAGGGAGUCUACUGCGGCAAUCGUCCUAUGAGGAUCUCGACUGCCACUCCCAAGAACCGUGGCAAUCACGGCUUCGGUCACGGACACCAGGGCGGCCCCAUGAUGGGUGGUGGUAUGCCUCAGCAGCAAAUGUGGGGAGGAGUGCAAGGAUUUCCCUAUGGCGGUGGUGCCGGUGCCGGUGGUGGUGGCUUCAACCCAGCUACCCAGAUGAACCAGUUCACCGACCCCAACAACACAACUGUUUUCGUCGGCGGCCUUUCAGGAUACGUCACUGAGGAUGAGCUCCGAUCUUUCUUCCAAGGAUUUGGAGAAAUCACUUACGUCAAGAUCCCCCCUGGCAAGGGCUGCGGCUUCGUCCAGUUCGUCCACCGCCACGCCGCCGAGAUGGCCAUCAACCAGAUGCAGGGCUACCCCAUUGGCAACUCCCGAGUGCGACUCAGCUGGGGCCGAUCUCAGAACAACUCUGGAGUCGGCACUCCCUACCGCCCUGCUCCUCCUCCGCCUCACUACAUGGGCAUGCCUGGCCCUGCCCACGGUGGCCCCGGUCCCAACCCAUACGGUGCUCCCCACCACUUUGGCGGUCCUGCUCCGGGUCCCCAAGGUCCUUCAGGGCCCCCAGGUCCCGCCGUCCCCCCUCAG